AUGGAAGAAAACUUUGGAAAUCUUCUUUACUACAAGAAACCUAGAAAGACUUCGGACCCCUACGCUGGAUAUAAAGUUCUUCACACCCUCGGCGAUUUUUCUGCGGGUAACGGAAAAAUAACAUUCGCAAUGCCGCCUGACAAAUUACCAAUCAAACUGGACAGAUGUGCGAUUCUUUUUCAACUCAAAAUGCCUUCUAAUUUUGUUCCUGAUAACGGCUUUGCAUCGAAGAUCAUAGAUAAAUUCAAUUUUUAUAUAUUGGAUGAAUGUAUCUUUUCAACUUGGACAAACGGCUUGGAAUACCUGUUUUUUAACAAUUUCGUCAAAAAGCUCAAUUACUCGCCAAAAGCUCAGGAAGUCGAAUUAUUCCCGGAAGGACACUACGACUCCUACGAUGCUGACGCUGAUGAAUUGCUAGAGUUAAAGUGCAAGCACAAUGGCUUAAAUCUUGUUGAAAAUCGACAGCAAUAUGCGAUGGAAGAAUGGAAAGAAUUGGAGAAACCUAUCAAAAUUUCAACAGGUAAAAACGCUGUCGAUUGCGAAAUGCUGUAUCAUCGAUACCUUGUUCGAUCUCCAAUUAGCCACGGAUUGGCGAGACAGCAGAGAGUUUUACCCGCGGAUUCACGAGUGAAGUUUGAAAUCCUUACUCAAAGUGGGGUUUCAACAGAUAAACCGGAGACACCUAGGCGGAUGGCAAUGAGGUGGAGCGAAUAUCAGAAAGUCAGAACUUUAGAAAAAAAUAUUUACAAGAAAGACGAUAAGGGUCAUCUCAUCCAAAUAAUGACUUAUCCAUUUGACAAAAAUAUUCAAUUGGUAAAUGAAUGGGUCGAACAUUUGACGGAAGAAGAGUGUGACUGUGCUGCUUCUAAAUUUACAAGCGCUGAUGAAGAUACCGAGCCUGAAUAUCUUCAAAUCGAACCUAUUGGGGGAGAUUAUUUACCGAAAACCAGACUUAAUGAACUAUACACCAAAGGUACACCAGUGGAUGAAAAAAACAAUAUUCAAGCAGUUCAAGGUACGUGGAGGGCUCAUAAGGUGUAUCGAAGAGUUCCUAAGUACGAUAAUAUGGUCGAAGGCAAUAACACGUAUGUUAUAUUCUGGGCGAAGACUUCCACAGACUUUACCUUAACUACUGAUAUGCUCAGACAUUUACAAAUUGAGAGUGUUUUCUGCACUCCAACAAAAGAUGAGCGACCGUUUAUUAUCGUUUUGCAAAGCGAUGAAGAAGACAUGCGAGAACUUGCAGGAACGUCUGCCAUGGAAGCAACUGCUAUGGACACAAAUGCUAUCGAAACACCUGGUAUGGAAAUGGACGCUAUCGAAACAACUGGUAUGGACACGACGGCUACGGCCACGCCUGCUUUGGAAACAAAUGACGAUGAUUUAUCAUUUGUCGAUUUUGAUAAUUUGACGGAGAAUGCAAUUUCAAAGAAUGGUGACGAUUCUAAUUCAGCUCUUCAGACAGAUGAUGAUUUACUUCAUUACAACUCUGAUGAUUUGAUGCCGGAGCCGACACUUGAAUCUAACUCUUCUGACGACAACAAAGAUGAGAAUUCGCUAAUGCAAAAUAAUCGCGAUAGUGUAGAAUCUUCGCUCUACACCGAAUAUAUGCCUAUACGAAACGUUCUUACAUUGAUACCAAAUGUUUUUAACGAUCAAACUCUUGUUCGUAUUCUUCCUGAUCGAAUGGUCAUCGAGCUCCCAAAGUGUAAAACACCUAACUGUCUGUAUACUCACGCUGAUAAGCGUAAAAUGAAGAAACACGAAGCAACGUGCAAUAUGGAUACUAUUGAUAUUAUACAUCAAACCGUCGAAUCGCAUCGAAUCAUGGAUCACGUGCACGAGCUAGUCGCGGAAAACUUCCUGCCUUCAUUUGACUACGUUCAAGAAUAUUUCGUCGUUUAUGAUAUUGAGUGCACAAUGAACUGUAAUGGGCUUUCUUCAGGUGAUAAAUAUCAUAAACUGGCUACAUUGGCGACUGUAACGAGUAACGGAGAGCGAGAAUGUUUUGUUCGCAAAACGGAUGAAGUCGAAGGGUCUUUAAUAAUGCUUACGGAAUUCAUCAAUUAUCUUCUUAUACUUCAGAAGAAAAUGGAGAGCCAGAUUCCUGGUUGCAUUUUUCAAGGCGUUCAGCAUUAUGAAAAGUUGAUCGAAGAUGAGAACAAGAAAAAAGAAGCCGGGCUGGGUAGUAAUCCUUUUCUUCUGGCAGCUUAUCGUAAAAAGCUCAAAUACUUAAAGGACUUUUACAAGUUGAAGAUUUAUUCUUGGGUCGGCGAGAGAUACGACAUGGUUGUUCUUUUUCCGACACUUAUUUCAGUUUUGUUCUUCUUUGUUGGCGGAAAUACAAAACUCAUCAGCUUUAUAAAACGAGCAAGCGGAUACAUGGUUUUGGAAGCUCUUAAUCUCAGUUUUCGAGAUUUCAAAAACUACACCUGCCCGAUGGCUUUGGAAAAACUCGCUCGAUCCUGCGGCCUUAGUGAAGAACUUUUUGUAAAAGGUUCCUUCUGCUAUGAAUGGUACAAUAAGCUUGAUCAUAUAAAAAAGGCAAAAGAGCUUCCAGCGUAUCCCUGCUUUUAUUCUACUAUGUCCGUUGCCACUAACGAGUACGUUAUUGAGAUGGAUAAAAUAAUCGCAACAAAUAUUGAAGAAGGAAAAUGGAAAAACGAGCAAAAAGAAAUCGCAAGCCAUGUUUGUCGGUUUUUAAAAUUGACCCAUAUUUUUGACGAUCCUGUUGCCAAAGAACACUACGACAAUCUACCACCAGCCGAAGGUGCUUCGUCAGGUGAAAGUCUGUUUCAAAUUCGCGAUACAAUUGAUCUAUAUGUAAAGUGGAAAACUCAAAUUGAAAAAUUUAUUUGUUGGAGCUCUGAUAAAAACCGUUGGCAUUUAGAUGAGGAUGAUGAAGCCACUUGCGCUUUUUUUCGUUUUUCACCAAAAAUGUACCGAGCAUCUGUUGAACGAUGGUACGCGCUUGAAGAAGCAGGUGAAAAUGAUAAUCCAACAACGAUGAUGGAUUUCCUUAUCGACUAUAAUUACAAUGAUUGCGUUCUUUUGCAAGGCUCAAUUUCUUCAUUUGCUUUAUCGAAUCAACGACGCUUUGGAUUGGGAAUUCAUUCUGAAUUGAGUAUUUCACAGCUCGCUCAUAAAAUUGCAUUUCUGAAAUACGAUAAGAAAUGUCCGCCAAUAUAUUCAAUUUCUCCUGACUUCCCAGAAUUAUUGCGCGACAUGAGAAAAAAUCUUACAGGAGGCAUUGUUCAAGUUCUUCACAGAGCAAUUUAUUUGAACGGUCCGAAUCCUGCGAUUCCUGAGUUUGCUUGGAAAACUUUGCUUGGAAAAAUUAUCAAAGCCGUUAUUACCUACGACUUCAACAGUUUGUACCCGCAAUCCUUUCGUGGAGAUCUUCCGUGUGGUCCUGGCAUAAAAUACACAUUACAGAAAAUGGGCUAUUCUUCGUCGAUGUGUUAUUCUGAGGAGGAGCGAUUUUUUAGCAAGGGGAUGUUUCAUCAGCGUCAAAAUACUUCAUUGGGGUCUAUAAGAUGGUUAGAAUAUCUGAAUUGGUCGCCUGAUUACUCUUUUAAUGGAUCAAUUGAGCAUUCUUACAACUUGGAAGAGAAGAAGAUUGGAAGUUAUUAUAUUGACGGUUAUGCAGAGAGCGAGGAUGAGCCAAUCUUAAUUCUAUCAAAUGAUGAUGGAAAUUCGCCAAUUAGACGUAUAAAAAAACGAUACUUUUUUGAAUAUCGAGGAUGUACCUUUCAUCCGUGUACUAACAAGCUAUGCAAAAUAAAACCUACUUGCGCACCGAAAAAAGAACUUACUGAUCCGGCGACCGGCGCAAAAAUCUUUGUUCCCUUUACCAAAGACGGCUUGCUGAAGAACGAAGAUGCAAGGAUGCAGAAAAUUAUUGAAGACGUUCGAAAAAUGGACGGAAUUGAAGACUGGGGAAAGCCUCUGAAACACUGGAACGGCUCCGAAUGGGAAGAAACAGAAGGGCCACAAAAUUUUCCUCACUGUAUUACGAUUAAAAUGGCGUGCGAGUGGAGAAGAGAAUGGAAAAUAUUGGAGUCUACUGGUAAAAGCCCUUCUUCAAAAACGUAUCCAUUUUUAUUCAAGAGUGCGAGAAAACCUUCAGGAUUACCAUCAGGACACGAAGGAGUUACAGAAGCCGAGUUUAAAAAAUUGGUUUUAGAAGAGGAUGAAAACGGCGAAAGUAGAUUCUUUGGGUUUGCUAUGGUUGAUUUACGGUCGCCUCCGUCAGUAAUUGAAAAAUAUAAAUACAUGCCGCCUAUUUUUGCUCGAAAGAAACUUGAACGUGAAGAUUUACAAGGAGACUUGAGUGACACUCUUUCGGAAAAUCAGAAAAAACGAAUGUUUCCCUGCGAGGAAAACAUAUUUUGUUUUAAUGUGGACAACUACUUUAUUUCAUCGCAAAUGCUUCAUUAUUACGCGAAGAUGGGUAUCGAGUACAGGGUCAAGUAUUUUUUAUCCUAUUACAGAGGCAAACCUUUCGAAAAUUUCGUCAACGAACUUGUUGCAGAUCGAGUCAAAGCGGCAGCGAAAGGCGAUCAAGCGGGUCAAAACUGGAUCAAGUUUAUUCUUAACUCAGCUGUUGGCUAUUUUGCGAUUAAUCGCUCCAAAUUUCUCAAAACUCGAAUAUUAUCAUCCGGCGACUUAUAUACGGCGCUCCGUAAUCCUCGGCUAAAAUCGUUGACUACUCUUCAGGCUGAAAAGACCAAAUGCGAUCCUCUCCAUGAAGCAAUUUUUACGAAGAAAAUGGUCAACCAUAGUACAGCUCUUCAGGUUCAGUUGUUUGUUUAUCAAAACAGUAAGCUUCUGUUUUUCAAAUUUCGCGACGUUCUCAAUGAAUACAUGGAGGAAGGAUCAGUUCAAAUUUGUUACUGCGAUACAGACUCAUUUGUGCUUGCAUUGGCAGAAAAGACGUUGGACGAAUGCGUUAAACCUUCUUUGAAGGAUGAAUGGGAAACGAAAAUCAAGCCUAAGUGGUUUGCUACGGAAAGUCCAGCGUCUCAGAAAGAGCCGGGGCUCUUGAAAGUUGAAGCGGAAAUUUAUAGUGGAUGGUUUAUCGCACUCAGUGCGAAAUGCUACAUUAUGACGGAAUGCGAGCCCAACAGAAUUGAUGAAGCAAUCGUCGCUCCUGAAAAUCGGCAUCGAGUUUUUGAAGUAUUGGAUGAGCACAAUCGAGCUUUUUUGAAUGAAACAAAUGUGAAACGAUCAGCGAAAGGUUGCGCUAAGAAGAUCAAACUUCGAUAUUUGGAUUAUCUUGCGGCACUUUUUUCGGACAACAGCGAAGAGAGCGUCGUUAAAAAUAUGCCUCUGUUUAUGUAUGAUCAAGUAAACAAACAGAUCAAAACGAAAGUUAUGUCAAAACGAGUAAUUAACGGCGCUCUUAAAAAGCGCAUUAUUGAUAAGGACAAGAUUCGUACUUACGCCUUAAAAAAAGCUGACGGAACUUAUUAUUAG